GGAGUGAGCUGAUAUUUUGGGAGCUGGUUCCCUGCACGGGGUUUCACUUCAUGUUUCCUUUUUGCUGUCCUGCUCUGGGCGUUGGGGGUUCAGAGAAAUCACAGCCCCCUCAGGCGACUGAAAAAGGGAAGGGGAGAGGGGUGGGGUGGAGGCAGCUGGCCAGAGGGAGGAACUCUCACCGAUCAGAAGAGAGGAUAGCGGGGUUAAGACACAGAGAAAGAAAGAGAGAAAAAGACGCCGGAGUAGAUGGCUGCCGUUGUUGCUGCCCUGGCCCGUCUCCACCCGGCACUGGCCAUCCUGGGCAGUGAUGCCCGAUGCCACAGCCUGGCCCCCUGGUAUUUCCUCCUAUGUCUCCGCCUCGUUGCUCUCUUUAUAGCUGAUGGGCCGUGGGCUUCGGUGAAACCAGACCUGGCCUGUAAUUGGACCUCGGUCAAUGGGGACUCCCAACCGUUCUGUGCCGCCCUGUGCUACAACCAGCGCUUCCCAGCCCCCGUCUCCUCGUUCUGGGGCUUCGCCUUCCUCGCCACCCUGCUCCCCAUGGGCCUCAUGAUGCUGAUUCAUGCCCAGUUCAGCCGACGGGCUGCGGCCAGAGGGGACAAGGAGUCAGCAGGACCAACUGAUGCAACCAAUAUGUCCGCCAAACCCAACAUGGCUGCCAAAACCAAGUUGGCUGGAGAGCCCAAUAUGGCCUCUGGAGCCAACCGGGUUGACAUAAUUAAUAUGGACUCUGAGUCCCAAUGGGUUGGCCAAUCCAAGAUGGUCACUCCAGGAGCUAAGAUGGCUGCCAGCUCAGCCUGGCGCUCCCCAGCAUUUGGUUUAUGCGUGGUGCUGCUCCUGGCUACUGAGCUGGGCUUCUUGUGGGCUAUUCUGGCCCUACAGUUACCCUUGGUGUCAGGGGCCUACUUCCAGUGCUGUCCUGGGGCUCCCCCUUGCCCCCCGGCCCUGGAGUGUGCCCUGUUGGGGCAGGCCGACAAGAAGAUGGCGCUGGUGACUCUGGCCUUCAUGGCCUGUGUCAAUAUAGCCUCCUGUCUUGCCUAUGGGAUCAUGAGGCUGGGGAGGGCGGCCCAGUGCCAGGGGAGAUAGGGGUGAGGGAAUGACUGUGGGAAGAAGGGAAGUAGGGAGUGGGGGGAAGAGGGACUGGUUGAAAGAUUCAAGAUGGCUGCCCAGCCCAAACUGGAUGGUGUAUCCAAGACAACUGCCCAGCCCAUGCUGGUUGAGGUAUCCAUGAUGGCUGCCCAGCCCAAAGUGAUAGGAGUAUCCAAGAUGGCCGCCCUGCUCAAGGCGAUUGGCGUAACCAAGAUGGCAGGGAAGGGGAAGAAAAGGAGGGAACCUGUAGAAUCAUGGACUAUUGAGCAGACCCCUCUCACAGAGCAGAGACCCCCAUCAAUCUACCAUCAAUGACAUGGGUGUGGGCACGACACAGAGGGAACCUGGACUGACCUUAUGGGAGGAGUGAACAAAUUCCACCCUCCCCAAAUGACCUCUGAUACUGUGCAUGCUCAAAGAUGGCCAGGAAUGCAGCCACCUCUAGAGUGGGGCAUGGGGGCUGGUUAUAUGGGGACUCCUCACCUGGUGUUCAGAUGUGGUCGUCUCUGGGGAGGGGUGCAGUGGCUGUUUAUAUGGGGACCCCUCACCCAGCACUGAGAUGCGAUUGCUUCUGGGGAGGGGUGUAGGGGCUGUUUAUAUGGGGACCGCUCGCCCGGUGAUGAGAUCAGCACUGACUGCUAGGGGAGAGCACCCGUACUGAGUCUCCCACUUCAAAUUGCUUUCAGAAUUGGGUCCUAUAGGGCUGACUUGUUGUGGUUCAAACAUUUAUCAAACUGCUUAUUUUGACAACUGGUUUAUAAAAAUUAUGAUUGUCCCAAUAUGCUCAAAGUUCAACUUAAAUACGAGAGACUGUGGAAUGGGAGCCAGGGCGGGGGAGGGAUGGGAGCCAGGACUCCUGUGGGAGGGGAGUGGGGUCUAGUGGGUUAGAGCAGGGGGCAGGAUCCAGGACACCUGUGUUCCUCCUAGCUGCAGAGGAAGCUGUGAAGUGCUGGCAAGUUUCCCUUUGGUGGAUUGUGUUCUGAGGUCACAACAUGGACUGGGGCACAAGGUGGGUGGGGGGUGGAGGCAACUGGCUCAUGUUGUGACUCUCCCAGAAGGAAGGAAGGAAAUAAGAGAGGGAGGAUGAACAGAGGGAGAGAAAGAGAGACUCAAUGAGCGAAACAGGUACUGGGACAAGGCUGCAAGGGUGGGCAGUGGCUGGAAAUCCAGCCUGGGGUAUUGUGAGCUUCUGUCACAGUGUCGCGCCCCCCAGGUUGGCGUAAGAGGGUUGGGGUGCUGGGUGUGUAUAUCAUGGCCUGGGCAAGGGGACGGGGAGCUGGAAAAGUCAGGAGAGAACUCCUUGCCUCAAUGGGGCCAGAUGCGGUUGGACUGGUUCUGGAUUGAGUCAGAGCUGCAGGAGAAGAGGGAGAGUGAAAGGGAAUGUGGGAUGGACUAGGGUGACAUGGAGAAAGGAAAAUGGGAAUAAGAAAUAAAUAAAUAAAUAAAUAAAUAAAUAAAGAAAGAAAGAAAGAAAGAAAGAAGUAGUAAGGGGAAAAAGAAAGAAUGAAUGAAAGAGAAUGAGGGAGAGUCAGAAAGAAGGAAGGAAAGAGAAACAGAAUGAGGGAAUCAGAGAGAAAAAGAAAACAAAGGAAAGAAAGAAAGGUCUGAACAAGGA